UUCUUAAGUGGCUGGCUAUAAAGGGGCUGCCUGGGCUGCCUAGAUCUUGCACUCCCUGGAAAGCAGCUCAGAGCCAGGUGCUAUUGCAAGGCCAGAGCGCACAGCACGGCGGAGAGAGCAGAUCCCUGCUCAGAUCCAGGCACACUGCGGCCAAGGCUGAGGGAGAAGAGUCCAGGCUUCUUUCCUGGACUUGGUCCCCAGCCCCGGAGCGCUUCUCGAUCCUACAGCAGCCUCUUGGCAGCUGCAGCCUUGUUGGUGCCUCCAACUCGGUGCUGGAAUAAAAAGUUCCCGCGCGCCGGCCGAGCCGAAGCGCCUCUUUCUAAGAGACCCGGAGCUUUGGCUGCCAGCUCUACUCGAACUUUCAAAUCAAAGUGAUCGUGAAUUUUAAGCAUCCGGAGGUCAGCGAAGCUCUGAGCGCCUAACCAGAACAAGGGUUCGCUGAGCUGCAGUGUGCGGUGUCAUGCAGCCAGCAGUCCUUUUGGGGUCACGCAAGCAGAGGCUCUGCUCCGACAUGGGGCACGUCCAGCAGGCAGCUAAGUCUCGGGCCUCUCUGCCUUCACCCACUCUAUUCUUGCUGCUCGCUUCCGUAGCAAUGCUGCUGUGUGUGCAGGGCGCACAAGGGCGACCCGCGGAGGAGUACGAGGAGCUGGUGCUUCCUUCGCUGGAGCGCGACCCCGGCCACGAUUCCACCACGCGCCUCCGUCUGGAGGCCUUUGGCCAGCAACUGCACCUGAAGCUGCAGCCGGACAGCGGUUUCUUGGCUCCUGGCUUCACCCUCCAGACGGUGGGGCGCAGUCCCGGGUCCGAGGCACAGCAUCUGGACCCCACCGGGGACCUGGCGCACUGCUUCUACUCCGGCACAGUGAAUGGUGACCCCAGCUCCGCCGCCGCCCUCAGCCUCUGUGAAGGCGUGCGUGGUGCCUUCUACCUGCAGGGCGAGGAGUUCUUCAUCCAGCCAGCGCCUGAGGUCGCCACCGAGCGUCUGGUCCCCGCCGUACCGGAGGAGGAGUCGCCGGCACCGCCGCAAUUCCACAUCCUCAGGAGAAGGCGGAGGGGCAGCGGCGGAGCCAAGUGCGGUGUCAUGGACGACGAGACCCUGCCAACCGGCGACUCGCACCCGGAAAGUCGAGACCCCCGGAAUCAGCGGCCACUGCGGGACCCCACGCAGCAAGGGACGGGAAAGCCAACAGGACCUGGAAACAUAAGAAAAAAGCGAUUUGUGUCCAGCCCCCGUUAUGUGGAAACCAUGCUCGUGGCGGACCAGUCCAUGGCUGACUUCCAUGGCAGCGGCCUAAAGCAUUACCUUCUGACCUUGUUCUCCGUGGCAGCCAGGUUUUACAAGCACCCCAGCAUUAGGAAUUCAAUUAGCCUGGUGGUGGUCAAGAUCUUAGUUAUAUACGAAGAGCAGAAGGGACCAGAGGUUACCUCCAAUGCUGCUCUCACCCUGCGGAACUUCUGCAGCUGGCAGAAGCAACACAACCCUCCCAGUGACCGGGAUGCAGAGCACUAUGACACAGCCAUUCUGUUCACCAGGCAGGAUUUAUGUGGCUCCCACACAUGUGAUACUCUGGGGAUGGCUGACGUUGGAACUGUGUGCGACCCCAGCAGAAGCUGUUCAGUCAUAGAAGAUGAUGGUUUGCAAGCUGCCUUCACCACAGCCCAUGAAUUGGGCCAUGUGUUUAACAUGCCACAUGAUGAUGCCAAGCACUGUGCCAGCCUUAAUGGUGUGAGCGGGGAUUCUCACCUGAUGGCCUCCAUGCUUUCCAGCUUGGACCAUAGCCAGCCGUGGUCUCCCUGCAGUGCCUACAUGGUCACAUCAUUCCUGGAUAACGGCCACGGGGAAUGUUUGAUGGACAAGCCCCAGAACCCCAUCAAGCUCCCAUCUGAUCUCCCUGGUACCUUAUAUGACGCCAACCGUCAGUGUCAGUUUACAUUUGGAGAGGAAUCCAAACACUGUCCCGAUGCAGCCAGCACGUGUUCUACCCUAUGGUGCACUGGUACCUCUGGUGGCUUACUGGUGUGCCAAACGAAGCACUUCCCUUGGGCAGAUGGCACCAGCUGUGGAGAAGGGAAAUGGUGUGUCAGUGGCAAAUGUGUGAACAAGACCGACUUGAAGCAUUUUGCUACUCCUGUUCAUGGAAGCUGGGGGACGUGGGGGCCCUGGGGAGAGUGUUCGAGGACCUGCGGUGGAGGAGUUCAGUAUACAAUGAGAGAAUGUGACAACCCAGUGCCCAAAAACGGAGGGAAGUACUGUGAAGGCAAACGAGUACGCUACAGGUCCUGCAACGUCGAGGACUGUCCGGACAACAGUGGAAAAACUUUCCGAGAGGAGCAAUGUGAAGCCCACAAUGAGUUUUCAAAAGCUUCCUUUGGGAACGAGCCCACUGUGGAAUGGACACCCAAGUAUGCUGGCGUCUCACCAAAGGACAGGUGCAAGCUCAUCUGUCAAGCCAAAGGCAUUGGCUACUUCUUUGUUUUACAGCCCAAGGUCGUCGAUGGCACUCCCUGUAGUCCAGACUCUACUUCUGUCUGUGUGCAAGGACAGUGUGUAAAAGCUGGUUGUGAUCGCAUCAUAGACUCCAAAAAGAAGUUCGAUAAAUGUGGUGUUUGUGGAGGCAAUGGGUCCACGUGCAAGAAGAUAUCAGGAUCAGUCACUAGUACAAGUCCUGGGUAUCAUGACAUUGUCACAAUCCCUGCUGGAGCCACCAACAUUGAAGUGAAACACCGGAAUCAAAGGGGGUCCAGAAACAAUGGCAGCUUUCUAGCCAUCAGAGCUGCAGAUGGCACGUAUAUCCUGAAUGGAAACUUUACUCUGUCCACACUAGAGCAAGACCUUACCUACAGAGGAACUGUCCUAAGAUACAGUGGCUCCUCGGCAGCAUUGGAAAGAAUCCGCAGCUUCAGUCCGCUCAAAGAACCACUAACUAUCCAGGUUCUUAUGGUGGGCCACGCUAUCCGACCCAAAAUCAAAUACACCUACUUUGUGAAGAAGAAGAGGGAAUCAUUCAAUGCUAUCCCCACAUUUUCAGAGUGGGUGAUUGAAGAGUGGGGGGAAUGCUCCAAGUCAUGUGGGUCCGGUUGGCAGAGAAGAGUGGUUGAAUGCAGAGACAUUAACGGGCGCCCUGCUUCCGAGUGUGCCAAGGAAGUGAAGCCAGCAAGUACCAGACCGUGUGCAGAGUUGCCUUGCCCACACUGGCAGGUGGGGGAUUGGUCACCAUGUUCCAAAACUUGUGGGAAGGGCUAUAAGAAGAGAACCUUAAAGUGUCUGUCCCAUGAUGGGGGAGUGCUGUCCAAUGAGAGCUGUGAUCCUCUGAAGAAACCAAAGCAUUACAUUGACUUCUGCACAUUGGCACAGUGCAGUUAGACAGUUCUAAGAACAAGGCAGCAUGGGAGGGCUGAUCCACUGAGAUCAAGAGUGCUGGAGGGAUCCCAAACCAGUAACCAGUGAGGCCUGUCAAUGAGGUGUGUGGGGGGUGGGCACAUAGCAAAGUGGGUAGAUCAGGACACGAUCCUGCCAGUUAAAAUUUGAUGAGCUAGUUAAUGAGACAAUUAGCAUCUGAGACCAUAUGUAGCACGAUGAAGCCCCAGAGCGUCAUUAGGUAUUUCUUUUGUUACAUCGAUUGCAGACACAGUUGUCAGACUCCGGCCGCAGUCUGGCAAGCCCUGUUGUCUGUUGCUGAUUAGAUGCUUUCUAUCAUGGGGGUAGGGAAAGGCAAAGCAGAAGAAAGGUGAGAUUGUAUUGUAAACAUGACUGACUUUAUAUCACUUGCAGUGAGGGCAGGAAGAAGGAUACAAACAAGAUCGUUAUUUGAAGCUUCUGACUGCUGUGGUUUCAGAGAAUGUUGAUGCAUCAUUUCUAUCAAUAGUGAAAUGUUUAGAUUGUUCAGCCUGAGAGAAAGGCCCACCUCUGCAAAAUGGUUCACCGUUCCUUCUUACACCAUCUCAGUUUUUUUUUUUUAAACUGUAAUUCAUGUUGAGGUAGAAACAACUCACCUAUUUAUAAAAUCUCCAUUAAUUCUAAAAGGAAAAAACAAAUAGCAAACUGUGUGAAGUGCACAUAAAAACUCAAGGAAACACAAUGAGCAACCUGUCUCCUGCCUUGCUUUCUCCUGAGGUCAGCCUACCUGGGGACUGUGAAUGUUAAAGAUAAUCCAUGUCUCACAAAAGGCAGUGAUAUCACACAUGUCAUGCCAGAGUAAGAAUGGGGUAUAGAAAACCGUCCCAUGAGAUUGGGAACAUGGAGAUCACUUGUCUUACAUGGGAGGCUGCUGCGGGGUAGCAGGUCCACUCCUGGCAGCUGGUCCAACAGUCGUAUCCUGGUGAAUGUCUGUUCAGCUCUUCUACUGAGAGAGAAUAUGACUGUUUCCAUAUGUAUAUAGUAAAAUACAUUACUAUGAAUUUUAUGUACUUUAUAAGUAUUGGUUUGUUUGUUCCUUCUAAGAAGGACUAUAGUUUAUAAUAAAUGCUUAUAACAUAUUUAUUUUUAUACAUUUAUUUCUAAUGAUAAAACCUUUAAGUUAUAUCGCUUUUGUAAAAGUGCAUAUAAAAUAGAGUAUUUAUACAAUAUAUGUUAACUAGAAAUAAUAAAAGAACACUUUUGAAUGUGUAUGUCUAUUUUCUGAAGUGGGAUUAAUUCCUGGGCAAGAAAUCUGAUGAGACACAAAUAUUGGAUUUCAAGAUAGUUUUUAAGAUUUCAGUGAAUGAACUGUAUUUCCUGUCUGUAGAAGUACUGAUAAAAAACAAGUUUAUGGUGUCUAUAGUGAUAAGAUUGUUACUAAUGUGGUUGGCAAAUUACUGUAAAGAGCCAGAUAGUAAGUAUUUAUGGCAUUGUAGGCUGUAUCCUGCCACAACCAUGUGACAGUGAAUGCUUUUGUAGGAAUGAGAGCAGCCAUAAUGAUAUGUAAAUGAUUAACUGUGGCUGUGUUUUAAUAAAACUUUAUUUACAAAAACAAAUGAUGGGCCAUAUUUGUUCUGUGAGCUUGUUUGCCAACCCCCAGUGUGUUAAAGUAAAUGGAAA